AUGGCCAUCAAGACCGCACAGACCAGUCUCAAAGUAAGCAAGAAGUGUACUGCAGGCAUCUCAAUGGUCAAGACAUCCCUGAAAUCUGGAUUUCACAGUCUUGGCAGCUGGGAAAAAAUCCCCUCAGCCAUCAAGGCUGCACAAAAUUCAUAG